CUUUUCCUUCACUAGGUGACGUCAGACACAUGUCAUUAUUGUCAUCAUUGUCGGGGAGCGUCUUGAACUGCCCCGGACCGUUCCGGACGGUCAGCAGUUUGCCUCGUGUCAUGAUUAUGUUAGAUUAGUUAAAUUGCACAGUUAGAUCGUCUAGCUUGUAGUGAUUGACUGACACUGUCAUUAAUGGCUUCCUUAGUUGCGGAUUACGGGACCUCCUCCGGCUCAGACAGCGAGGCGAACGACGACAAUGCAGAUAAUGCCUUCAAGGGUGACCAGAAGGUGGAAUCAGGAAAGGAGGAUAAUGAAGAAGGAGAAGAAGCAGACGAUAAUGAUAAAGAUAAAAGCGACAGAGAGAAUGAUGGUCACAUGAGGAUAAUCGAAACAGCAGCUUCCAAAGAAAAGCUUCCAUUACCUACGCCGGACUUCAAUAGCGCACCCACGUUACUCAGAACUUCGGUCUUCUCGAAUCCGUUCGUCGAGGCAGAGCGAGCAAAGAGCGCGAUUCUGGAGAAGCACGUGAAAAUGACACCCACGUUAGACGACACGAAGAUGAUAAAUGGCCGCAAGAUCUGCUGGAACUAUCGCAAGGGCCGCUGCCGUUUUGGCCACAAUUGCACUUUCGCUCAUGACUCAGAUCUGCAUCGUAGCGCGGCGGAAUUGGAAAUUCUACGGGCACCGCAGGAGACGUUACUCUGUCAAACUCGAUAUAAUGGACAACAGCAGCAACAGCAACAGCAACAACAAACGAUACCAUCAGCUAUGAACGAUGAUGAGAACGAAGUGGAUCAGGAGAACAAUCAAACGGCGAAUAGAAAACGUAAGAAGAGGCCCGGUCUGAGUCAAUCAUUGCUUCCGAGUAAGAAGGUCUUCAAGCUGUACAAAGCUCAACAACAAACCAAAACUGUCACUAGAUGAAUACCGUUCGUACGUUCAUUCAUUCGUUCGUUCGUUUCAGUAGCAGAGAGAGGUAAUAUUGUCUUCUAGCCAAAUUGUUAAUCGUUCUUCGCAGAAAUGCGAGUUAAAAAGUACACGCAAUGAGUACUUUCUUGCAUGACGGAGCAUUAAACGUUGUCCUUGCAUACGAACAAAGAUAAUGAAGCAAUUUUAAGAAGGAAUUUAAAGGAGAUUUUGAAAGAGAAAAAUUAAAGGAAAAAGUGAAAAAACUCAUUGCAAAUAGUUUUCCAUUCGCUUUCGUAUUAUGCUUCACUCGAAAAUCGAGACUCAUAUUCUCUAACACCAAAGUGGAAGCUAUCAGCAUGUAACAAUGAGAUUAACGAGAUCUCCCUAAUGUAAGAUUUGAGUUAACGUUAAACGUGCAUUAAUUAAUAUUAAAGCGAUAUAGAUUUAAAUGGAAAACUAAUAAUUUCCGAUUUAUGCUUCCAAUGCGAAUAACUGGCAAUGUGUAGAAUAAAAAUAUAUUUCACUAUUUGAGAAACUUUUGUUUCAUAUAUAUAUAUCUACAAAGGAAUCUACAUACAUACAAAGGAUACUUGAUGUACAAAGCGCGCGCGUAUGCAGUCUUCUUACGAUUUGUCUCUUGCAACACAACCGAAGUGUAAACUAUGUCUUCUCGUUAUACUAUUUUUUCGUAUUUAUCGUUAUUUACUAGAUAUCUAUUACGAUUGUUCACUUAUAAAAGAAAACCAAAUAAUAUUUCAUUAUAUACGAUUGAUAUACAGGAUUGUAUUCUAAUUAUUAUAUGGUAAUCCAAAUAAUAUGUCGGAUCCUCCGACAAAUUUGGAAAAAAUUCAAUAAAUGCAUGUUCACACGGAAA